UAAGAUACGAUGCAGCCUGGUUGUUGGCUGCGAGCCAGCCAGCCAGCAGGAGCAGCAGUAGCAGUAGCAAUAGGAGCAACAGCAGCAGCAGUAGCAUCAUCCGAGCAUAUGCAGUCAACGGCAUCUGUGGCCACAUUGGCCUCCAUCUCAUCCAUUGCAUCCACUUCGGCAUCGGCCAUGGCGGCGUUGCGCGCACGUCCCUAUCUGGUUGCCCCAUACGUGGCCACCGCCUCCGCACCGCCCACGCCACAGCCGCAUGCUGUCAAUACCUUGUCCAGUGCACGUACAGCGCCCGCAACGCCAACGCGACAGCGCUUUGGAGAUAGUGAGCCAUCGUCAUCGCAUAGCCAUUAUCCGCACCAUAUUGAUGUUGAUAGUGUGCAGGAUUUUGGACUGGCCAUGGCCAUGGAGGAGCUGCCGCCGCAAUACAGCAAGCCCAAAUCCCAGCGCUUCUUUUGGCGCAAGGCGCUCAGACGCGUCUUCCAGCGCCGCAAGUGACGUCAACUGCGCCGUCGACGGCAAGAUUUGCCCCGUUGGCGUCCACGUCGCUGCCGGCGGCGCACGCUGGCCGAGCGUGUGCGCCGCAUAUGCGCUUGCUGUGCCUAUGGCCAGGUGUUGUUGCGCAACGCCCGCCUCGCUCUGCUCAGCUGCAUUCGUUGGCGUACACGUGGCAACAUACGCAACAACAACUUUUACUUUAGCAAUCACUAAACAAUAAUAACAAAAGCAACUGCAAAUGCUCUGCUCUGCACAGGCACACCACACCACACAAACACACACACUGACACCUUCCUCCCACACAAACACACACACAUAAAUACACACACACACACAAAUGUUAAACUAAAAAAUGUUAAUGCGAAAUCUGAUUUAGUUGUUAAAGCAUAUGCACCUAAUUUAUUUCCUUGUGUUUUACACCGAUUAGACAAUUUUUCCUUUGAUACAAUUAUGAAAUUAUAAGCAUUACAUUUUCCUAACAUUAUUCUCUACAUAAUUAUUAUUUUAUUUUCUUUAUUGUUUGCUUUUUAUUUAUUUCUGAAUCUGUAAAUAGGGCAAAAGCUUGGCACAGCUCAUUUUUUUAUUUUUUAUUAUUUUUCUCUUUUGUCUUAAACGAUCUCCAAGAUUUUAUUUUUAUUUUUUUUUGUUUAACCAACAAAGAAAACGAAAGAAUGAAACAGGUUUUUAAUAACAGCCAAUCCAUCAAUCAAUAUAUAUAUAUAAUAUAUUAAAACAUAUAUCUAUCUAUAUAGAUUGCUAAAAUCCGAACAGCCAGUUCAUAUAUAGAAAUUUGUUACUGUACAUUUAAUGCCAGCGAGGCGAGGCAGAGGAGUUGACACGCGCAUACAUAAACAUAUUUAGCAUAUAUAUAUCGUAUAUAGUUAAAUGUAACUGAAGGGUACUGUUGCGACCCAAGGGUUUUUAGCAUACACACACACACACACACACACACGUACGAUCACACACAUAUACACACAUACAUAUGUACAUGGUUAUGCAUAUAAGUAUUCUUGAGCUGAACAUUACAAUAAUGAGCGUAGUUAAUUAGUGUAUCCCGCAAUUUAGUAACAAACAAACUAAUAACAAGAACAACAAUUAACACGAGGUUUACAAUUCAUUGAGCUAAAGCAAAUGCACUAUCAAGCAAAAGAAAGAAAAACGCAAAUAAUUAACAUUAAAUGAAAUCCUUAAAAAUGUAAGCAGCGAAACAAACAGAAAUUAAAUUGUAGCAGCUAAAAAAGAGUUAAGCGAAUAUUGUCUAUUAAAUCCAAUGUUCAAUAGAAAGCAACAAGUUAAUAAGCAAGCAAAAUGAAUGCUAUUCAACAACAAACAAUUCGAUUAGUAAUAUUUGUAAUUCGAAAUGUAGCGAACAACAAUAACAAACACACGCAUUUCUAGGCACACUCACAGACACAAAAAUAUACCCUAGAAAGGCCACUUAAGUUAAGGCUAGUUAGGCGGCGCAGUUAACAGACUUUUUUUUUUUGUUACUUGCAAGAGAAACAGCAAUUGAAACGCUUAACAUAAAUUGAUAAUUGGCAUGGAAUAUAUGUAUGUAUGAAAGUGAACUAUAUAUAUAUAAAUAUAUAUAUACAUGCUUACAUACUCGUAGUUGUGUGUAUGUGUGCAUUAUACUCUGACUAUUUACUAUGAUAAGUGGCCUUAUAUUAAUUCGAUUCUCUGCACAAUCCACAGUCACACACACACACACACACGCACUGCACAACAACAAUAGCAAUUUAAACCUUAACACACACACACACAAGUAUGUAUGAGUAUGUACCAUUUAAUCUAUACUUAAUUGGAAAUGUAUGUGUAGCCAGGCAACACGCGUUAGCUUAAAAACAGAAAAGAAUAUAUCAAGCAUAGACAUUUGCAAUUAAUACUUUAUAAAGAACACACACACACAAUCCUAAGGCAAAAAGUGAAAGUUAAUGAGGGCAACCUUUUAGUACCCUACGAACUUAAUACCUUACCUUAUCUUAAACCAUAUAAUGAGUAAACACACAUGUACUCUAGUCUUCGGCUGGCCGAA